GACGGCGUUCACCACCACCACCUCGGGGCCUAAGGUCUUAUUCUAAACUGCCAUAUUUUUUAUAUGGAUCAACUCAUAAACAGCUUGGAGGUCGAACUUAAUUCAGAAAGCGUUUCAAUGCAGGUAUACAAACAGGUCACUGGCCCUGUUCAGAUCAGAAAUCGCCCUGUGACAGCAGACAGAAGUAAUAUGACUUCUCCACCACUCCUGGAUGCCAGCUCAAUGGAGAACCCAGCCCUAUUUAAUGAUAUCAAGAUUGAGCCGCCAGAAGAACUCCUGGCUAGUGAUUUCAACAUGCCCCAGGUGGAACCAGUUGAUCUCUCCUUUCACAAGCCGAAGGCUCCUCUUCAGCCUGCUAGCAUGCUACAAGCUCCAAUACGACCUCCCAAGCCACCGUCUGCAGCCCAAGCCAUUGUGGUGUCUACUUCAUCUGACACAGGCACCUCACCAACCAUCCCUACUGUUCUCACUCCAGGCUCUAUCCUAGCCUCCUCUCAGGGGACCGGGGGCCAGCCGAUUUUACAUGUGAUUCACACUAUUCCCUCAGUCAGUUUGCCAAAUAAGAUGGGCGGACUAAAGACAAUCCCACUGGUGGUUCAGUCUUUGCCUAUGGUCUAUACCAGUUUGCCUGCAGAUGGAAGCCCUGCAGCUAUUACUGUCCCACUCAUUGGAGGAGAUGGCAAAAAUGCUGGAUCAGUCAAAGUUGACCCCACCUCCAUGUCUCCACUGGAGUUUCCAAGUGAUAGUGAGGAGAGUGCCAUUGAGAGUGGAUCUUCAGCCUUACAGGGACUGCAUGGAUUUCAGCAAGAACCAGCAACAAUGGCCCAAAUGCAGGGAGAAGACUCUCUUGACUUAAAGAGAAGACGGAUUCACCAGUGUGACUUUGCAGGAUGCAGCAAAGUGUACACCAAAAGCUCUCACCUGAAAGCUCACCGCAGGAUCCAUACAGGAGAGAAGCCUUACAAGUGCACCUGGGAUGGCUGCUCCUGGAAAUUUGCUCGCUCGGAUGAGCUCACUCGCCAUUUCCGUAAGCACACAGGCAUCAAGCCCUUCAGGUGCACAGACUGCAACCGCAGUUUUUCGCGAUCUGACCACUUGUCCCUACACCGCCGCCGCCAUGACACCAUGUGAAUAUCCCGGGCCACAGUGGAUGUGCUGCACUGGUCUCCAGAGUGUGUGCUGAGGUUGAGACUAUGUUUCCCUCUUUGACUACAACUUAUCCCAGUGAUUGGGGUUUGAACAGCCUACUGAGCCAGGUUGAUGAGACUGGAGAAAAAGUUAGCUGGUCUCCCAUGUGGCUCUUCAUAUUCCUCUUUCACCUCUCCACUAUCCAGACUUCAGUUUUCUCAACCUCUUCCUGGGUUGAAUUCUAGUGCGGCGCCCAUGGUUGCCCUCCCUGACCCCUCAUGCUAUAUCAUAGACAUUUUUCCUACAAUAACAAAACAGGAAUCAACUCAAGGCUGUGAACAAACAUCCGCUGCUCCC